UAACAGAAGAGCACAGCAAGCCUGCUAUCAUGUCUGAAAAAAAGAUGACCUCAAGCCGUCGGCAUCAUCUCAAGAGUUUGAUACUGGGUAUAGCCAAGGACCUGCUGGCGGCUGAGGAAAAGCAGACAGAGGAGGAAAGAGUUCGCUAUAUGGAGGAGAAAUGUCCUCCUCUGUCUCUGCCUGGCUCACUGCAGGAAUUACAGGACCUGUGCAAAGAGCUUCAUCAGAAGAUUGAUGUGGUGGAUGAGGAGAGAUAUGACCUGUCUGUUAAACUGGCCAAGAGCGAAAAAGAGAUUGAGGAUCUGAAGAUAAAGGUUCAGGACCUGAUAGGUAAAUUCAAGAAACCCGCUCUUAAGAAAGUGCGUAUGUCUGCUGAUGCCAUGCUGCAGGCCCUGCUGGGCUCCAAACACAAAGUGUCCCUGGAUCUGAGAGCCAACCUCAAACAGGUCAAGAAAGAGGUCAAGGAGGAGGAGAAGGAGGCAGUGGGAGACUGGCGUAAGAAUAUAGAGGAUAAGGCUGGCAUGGGCGGCAGGAAGAAGAUGUUUGAAUCCGAGGCUUAAUCAGGCAGCCAUUUUUCUUGUGGAGUUGAUUUCUGAUGGACUUUCUGUUGUUGCUGUUGUACAGCUCGCUGUCAAAAUGUGCUUUCACAUCCAAACUACACAUCAAACAAACCAACAUUAACUAAGCUAAUCAUAAUAUUCAGAAUGUCAUGUACUACAUGAGUGAUCCAUGAACUCACCUUAACAAAUAAAAGCAGUAAAAGAAACUCCGUCAUCUGAUCUGAUC